AUGAUCUAUGUGACGGACAUUAAUGAUGGCAUGCUUCGCACGCUGACCAGGGAUGGAACAAUCACAGCUACGUUCCAGGAUCCUGCAUUCAAACAUGGCUGGCUUACAGCUAACAUACAUGUGGCAGCCACAGGGCAGGUUUUCGUCUGUGGUGACAACUCCAUAAGUCAAGUGGAUACACAAUAUGUACUUAUUUGUUUACAUACACAGAUCGGUGAGACUCGGGACCUUUACAACCUUGGCAACGUGUAUCAUGCAAAGGGGAAGCACACGGGGCGAUCAGGGAACCAGGAGCCCGGGGAAUUCCCUGCAGAUGUCAAGGAGUGUCUGGUCAAAGCUGCUGAAUACUAUGGGGCCAAUCUAGCGAUAGUCCAGGAGCUGGGUGACAGGGCAGCUCAAGGUCGCGCCUGUGGUAACCUUGGCAACACACACUAUCUCCUGGUAAACUUCAGUCAGGCAAUCAUCUACCAUCAGGAGAGGUUGGCAAUAGCCCGUGAGUUUGGUGACAAGGCUGCCGAGAGACGGGCCUACAGUAACCUAGGCAACGCCCACAUAUUCCUGAGAGAGUUUGAAGUAGCUGCUGAACACUAUAGGAAAACUUUACAAAUUGCCAAACAGCUGGGUGACAAGGCGCUGGAGGCCCAGGCAUGUUACAGCCUCGGGAACACAUACACGCUCCUGAAGGACUACGAGCGGGCGAUAGAGUUCUACAUAAAGCACCUCAAGAUCGCCCAGGAGCUUGAAGACCGGGUCGGGGAGGGUCGGGCGUGUUGGAGCCUCGGGAACGCCCACACGGCCCUCGGGCAUAACGAGGAGGCUCUCCAGUAUGCCAGCAAGCAUCUCGAGAUCUCUAAAGAGAUUGGAGAUGAGACAGGUCAGGUGACUGCCCAGAUGAACCUUGCUGACCUCAAGUCAGUGCUGGGCAUUAAAGUAGGGCCAGACGAAGGUCACGGGCCCAGCCCCUUGGACCAUUUGGAUGUUGGAAUGUACCGACGUACCGGCGUCUCCCGGCGACAAAGCAUGGAACAGAUGGAGUUGAUGAAGCUCACGCCGGACAAGCAAGGAGAGACAAUCCCAGUACAUGGCGGGGCAAGACCUAAGAUACCCAAGGUGCAGAAAUCCAUGACAGUGGCCACAUCAGAGACAAUCAUAGCCAACAAUCAGGCCACUAUGGACCCUAUGGUUGAGACACUGUCCCCAGAAGAUGAUGGUUUCUUUGAUCUGCUGAGCAAGUUCCAUGGUCGCCGUAUCGACGAGCAGCGGUGCAGCCUCAAGUUGCCUGCAAAGGGAGAUAAUUAUCUGUACCUGCCAAAUGAUAAAAAACAAGUUUUUGCCCUGUCUGUUGUGUCCACCCCAGACAGCGAGAACUUCCUUGACAUGGUGGCAGGCAUUCAGGGGUCACGCAUGAACGACCAGCAAGCCUCACUACUGCAGUUUCCAGGUCUCAACUCCCAAGCCGUUAUCAACCAAUACCUCCGCGAGAGAAACGUUAACGACAUACCAGACGACAGCUUCUUUGAAAUGCUCAUGAGUUGUCAGGGAUCCCGGAUUGAUGAUCAGCGUAGUGCCCAACCACACAACCGCACCGCCCCAACCGUCCCAGACGAAGAUUUCUUCGGGCUGAUCCAGAAGGUCCAGUCUAGCCGUCUGGAGGAGCAGAGAACCAGUCUAUCCGAUAAGGAUAAAAUCUCGCCUCCCCAACAGGCCUCCGUGAAGAAGAAAAAGAAAUAA